GAGGCACUCCCGGGGGUCACAUGGUCCCGUUUUCAGCCGCGUGCGGGCAGGCAUGCAGUGCGUCCUCGUUCGUUUCCUAGGGAUGAGCGAGACUGAGCAAAACCAGGCCGAUUUGGAAACUGCGGCUCAGACCUACACGGAUAGAGCCAGUGACAGCAUAGACGCUUUUCGUAAUUUUUUCACUGACACUGCUCACAGAGAAGUGAUUCUCUUUACGCAGGAACUUGGUCGAUAGCAGAUGCAUCCUUUGGUACAGUUUAUUAACGUUGGUUCUAAAUAUUUUAAUGAGUAUUCGAACUCAAACAGAGCUAUUAUUAUAAAGAGGAACAUAAUGACAUCGUUAUAACAGAGAAUAUAUAUUAAGGACCUGCUUUUUGCCAAGAAAUUAUCCUUUCCCAAGCUGUUUUCUUUUUUCACCGAUAUCUAUAUGAAUGUUUUGGAGCUCAGGAUGGCAACAACAGCAAUGGACACAAAUAACAACAAUACAGGUAAAUGUUCAGGAUUAUUUUGUUGUGCGUGUUUAAUGGAUGCCGUAUUUGUGGUUAUAAUGUGUUUUACGCAUAUUGUUUUGGCUACCUGGCUUGCUGGCAGUCUGCUGAAGCUCUUUACAGUUUGUUGUUUAUCAGUCCGAAAUGCGUAAAUCAAUGAUGAGUUGUAUUGUAUUGAUGUACACCUGUCGAUUAAGUAGAGCCACUUUUGUAUAUGGGACUUACGUGGCAUCCUUGUGAUGCAACACUAGAUGGGGGAAAGUUCAGUGGGUCUCUGUACAGUUCUCCUCAUGCCAAACCUCUGCCAAACCUCAGUGCAUGACUGAUUAUGCUUGAAGUAGGCCUAUUCCUUAUACAGUGUGUAUUUUGCAUUCACUGAUGAUUGUGUGUUAUCGUUACUGUAGCCUAUAGAUUUUACCCCAACUGUUCGACAUAAUUGUCAUUGUCAAGGUCGAAUUACUGGCCUCAGUAAAAGUAAAAUGAAGAAAUAUUGUAUCGUGAAGUUUGUAAUAGCCUAUAAGUUAUCUGUACAUUUCCUUAAAGAAGUAUUUCAAAUACUAUACAUUGUUUGAUGGUGUGCGUGUGGUAGGUAGAAAAUCAUGGGUUAAGACAGUGUUCUAAAAUAGUUCGGGGGGAAGUAGGUCAUGUCAGGUGUACGGACAUCCCUUUGAUGCAGGCAUCCGCGCAUGUUUUUGGCCCAAUUCACAUGGCCCGCCAAGCUAGCCAUGUGCGUUUUGUUUUCAAUCACUGUUCUCCACCAAUCACCAUUGGUAUAGAGAGCAAGCUCAUUACAUAAUUUCUCGUCAGAGUCCCAUGUGUGAAGCAGUAUUGGAUGCCAUGUGCGCACUGCUAUUGGAUAGCUGGCGGGUGAAAUUAUUGCGAUUCGAUCAGGACGUCUUUGAGUCACGUGUUAGAUUGAAAAGUGGGACACGAACAUUUAUGUAAGGCAUCGUAAUUUAUUGUUUCUGGCAUAAUUACACUGGCAUAACCAAAUACUUGCUCGGUGAUUUGGGCAUUUCCUUUCGAUAUCGAAGAUGUCCAAAAUAAAACUACCUUUAUUAUAUUAUUAUUAGGGCAAGGCGAUAGUAGGUCUAAUAAAGCAUUUAUAGGUUCAUUCAUUCGAAUAUAGGUUGAGUAAAUACAUGUCCAAUACAGAAAAUAAUAUUGUACAGCUACAACAUAGCAAAGUGAAAACAUUGAUAGGUACCAAGCUUUUCAGUUCUAUUCAGCAAGUAUGCUGUAAAUUACAUUAGAAUAUCUAAUGAGUAUAUUGUGGGAAUUGACUGUCUAUUAGGUACCAUGGAUAGCGCCAGGCGGGUGGGAACGUGAGGCUGUCCUAGAAACAGUUGGUGUGUUCUAUGGGCGUGUAUUGCGCAACCAGUCAGGUUGACAGUCUUUUUAUUUUUUUUAUUGAUUGAGGUUGCCAGUCUCGUUGAACACCCUGAUGUCGGAGGCGCGCACGUUGAGUAGGGGCGUGACUAGAAUGUACUCCAGCCAGCCUACACUAGUGUUGCUCCUCGAGCAACACAAGUCUUCUGCCCAACCUGUUUUCAUUCUAUGGCUCUCCCACGCAUAGCUUUCGAUGUAUUAUUAUAUUUAUUUCAAGUACUUCACUCUGAAUGUAUGUUUACUCACAAAGACUAAUUCAAUAUUCAGAGCUAUAUCUAUUGAUAUUGUUUCAUCAUUUCACAUUGACUUUACAAGUGUUGGUUUAAAUGGCAGGUUAUUGAUUUUGAUAGAAAAGCAAUCUUUAUUUUCCACUCACUGAUUGGUUAUUGUGGGUAAUACAUUUUUUUUAGAUAGAAAGACAGGAGGUGGAAGACAGAGCAAAAGGGAGUGAAAACAUGAGAUGGAGAGAGAGGGAGGAGCGUUAAUACUAUAACACCAGGCAGGACAAGCAAGUGCACAUGUUGUGGAUAUUAUGGUGACACCUGACACAGUGACCCUAUAAGACCUUAUGUUCCUUUCCACAGUGAAUUAUGUUUCUCCCUCAGGGCUGCCUGGUUGGCUGGAAUCUGAGAUUGGAAUGUCUCAAAAAGAACAGAACAGGACAGACAAACAUUCUCUCACUGUUUGUGCAAUCAUCCAGAUUUAAAUGUCAGGAUCACAGAACAGAAGUAUAGAGUUUGGUUUUAUUGAGCACAAAACAAUGAUCCCAUCAUUCAAUAGGCCUCAACAACACCAAUAAAAUGUCCUGCAAAGGUAUCAAAGACUCCUUAAAACAACACAUUAUCUCCUCACAACAACACAUUAUCUCCUUACAACAACACAAUACAGUUGAUCUGGUAUUAGAGCACAGGUUAAUUGGGGUCAACAGGAAGUGCAGAAAGUAUUGGGCACAUGCUUUGUAGGUUCGGCUUUCGGCAGGGACGCUGUGUGUGGCAAAUGGCGGGGCACACCACUUGGCAUUUAAAAAGCGAUUAGCAAUUCCCGGUAGCCUUGUGCGUGGCACCCCCCGGCGACCGGGCACGAGUUGGUGUGUGGGUGGCCAGCUGUGGCGAAACGUGAUCCUUGGACGGAACUUGUGAGAAUUAGCCUUCACAGCGGGAGAAACUGAGACAGCUGGAUUAGAACAAGAGGCAGGGAGAAAGAGAAUGAAAGUGAGAGAGGGAGAAGAGAAACAGAGUAUGAGCAAGAUAGAGUACAGAGGAGAGGGGGUGUGAAGAGAAAAGAACAGGGAGUUUCAAGGAGAGUGAAAAUAGAGAGAUGGAGAGAAAGGAAAGUAGGGCAAGGGAACGUUGUCAGGAGAGUUCCAACAAAGAGAGAGAGAGAGAGCGCAAGAGUAUCUACAUCCACUCGUGUGGGUGGCUAUGUCUGGCCAAUGAGACUGCACAACAGCAAUAGCACUGUCUGUGCUAUUGGGCAGCAUCCAAAAAGAACAUGCUCAUUCUUCAUGCUGCAUUAGCGUCUUCCCAUAAUGUAAAUAAUGUUCUGUAGGCGAUGCUUGCUCACGGGGCACAACCCACACAGGACAAUCUUGCCCUUAUGGCUUCCUAUAAAUGUACUCUGUGGUCAGGGCAUCUGUUUUGGAAAGAGUGGUGGCCUCUGAACUAGAGAAAUAAACGGAAAGCCAGUCAGGGCAGCCUUUCCUGCCAACAUUUCCUGGAAAGCAGUGUUCUUUUCCAGCCACUUGUCUUCUUGGACUCUCCCCAGCCACUCUGUUGCUAUGGGUAUCCUAACAUUGCCACGGUUUCCUUGCCUUGCAUAAUUGUCCUGUGUAGCUAAGGGAACAUUUGGAAUGUACAGAAUUAUACAAAGUUGCAGCCACCCCCUCGUUUUUUGUCAGUGAACGUGAAUGGGCGCAAUAUCAAUCCGAACCAGUGGGCGUCCUCUCUCUAACCCUCUUCCUCUUGACCUCUUCUGUCAGUUGACUGAUGUCCAGUGGUUAGAGGCAAAGAACGGAGCACUAAAUGUGACAAAUCAAAUGAUCUCACUGUUUUUAAACCACACAUCCAUUCUAACAAGUUGUCCUCUCGCUUUUGCAUUUGUCCACCAGGGGGCGUAAUAUCCUACAUCGGCUCCAGUAGCUGCUCACCGAACCGCACCAGCCCGGUGUCUAUGUACAGCGAGAACUCCUUUGGGGCCUCCUUCCCUCCCUCCCCCAACAGCUCCCAGGGCUACUCCAGUGCCUACUCCGGCAGUGGCAGCUCCAGCUCCUCCAAUGGUGAUGAUGGCAACUCCUCUUCCGGCUCCGGAGGGUCCCCAAGGCCUAGGGGUCGUAAUGACAACAGCAUCUCUCGCUGCUCCCCCAGCAAGUCCGUGGCAAGCGUUACCAGUAAGUAGACCCCCAUACCAGAACCUAUCUGUCACUGCUGGAACUGCAGCUUUAAGUGUUUUUGGAGCUUGGACUCAUUGUCUGACCUUCUCUUUAUGUUUGUAACAGAACUAAAUGGGAUGGUGCUGCUGUGUAAAGUGUGUGGAGACGUCGCCUCAGGCUUCCACUAUGGCGUCCAUGCCUGUGAGGGCUGCAAGGGAUUCUUCCGACGCAGUAUCCAGCAGAACAUCCAGUACAAAAAGUGCCUGAAGAACGAGACCUGCACCAUCAUGAGGAUCAACCGCAACCGCUGCCAGCAGUGCCGCUUCAAAAAGUGUCUGUCCGUGGGCAUGUCCCGCGAUGGUAAGCAUAGCUUUACAUGCUAAAACAUGACACAAAUAGCCACAAAAUGGCUGAUAGAUCUAUUACACUCUCAUCCCUAUUAGGACUGUUGACUUGACAUUGGUCUCUUUCUCUCUCUCCAGCUGUACGCUUUGGCAGAAUACCUAAGCGUGAGAAGCAGCGCAUGCUCGCAGAGAUGCAGAGCACAAUGAACAACAUGAACAACAUGCAAAAUGAGUUCCAGCUGGCCAGCCUGACCCACAACUCUCCCCCUUCUCCCACUUCCUCCUCUCCCUGCCCAGGUCUGACUGUGGCACCCCAUCCCCAGCCUCAGGCCCUGCCUUUCGCCCCUUCCCCCUCUCCUCCAGCACAAGCCCCUGCUUCCCCUCUGCCCCUACCAUCCACCCAAAGCCCGUCAAUGUUGGCCAGCUCUCCACCCCUGUGCCCCAGCCCUGGGGUGGACUGCACCAUAACGGCCAUUACCCGGGCGCACCGUGAGACCUUUGUCUACGCCCACGAUAAGCUGGGCGAGUCCACGAGACAGCAUAACGGAGAGGUGGACAACUGGGGCUCCAACUACUGUCCUGCAGGCUACCAUCAGAACGGCCUCAACACAAUCUACCACCACAACAACAACGUGGCCCUCCAGCACCAUGGCUUCCAGGCCAUGUCUGACAGACAUCAUCAGAACAACGGCAAGCAGUUCCACAACAGCAACCUGUUUGGGAGCCACCAAGGCAUUGAGACCAGCAGCGUCUCCCAGGGGCAGAACUUCCCAUGGAAAAACCACAAGGACAUUGUGCUGGUGAGUCACUAAACAGAGCUGCAACAUUGAAAAGAUCUUGAUGUUAAAGAUUGUCAAUAAUAGUGUCAUGUAGUCAUAGCAUAUAGGAAAAUGCUGAUUACGAUUCUCCUCACUCCUCCAGGCAUGUCCAAUGAACAUGUGCCCCCAAGCCGAACCCAACAAGACCCCCCAGGAGAUCUGGGAGGACUUCUCGCUCAGCUUCACGCCGGCUGUGCGCGAGGUGGUGGAGUUCGCCAAGCACAUUCCAGGGUUCAGUGCACUCUCAGAGAACGACCAAGUCACCCUGCUCAAGGCCGGCACCUUUGAGGUAGGCAUCCGUGAAAUGUGUGCAAACACAGAUAUGCAAAGAAACUUCACUCAGUGAUCAACAAAAAUACUCACAGCUUGAGAAGAUACGAUGACUCACCACUCACUCGCUUUCCCCUUGCUUCUGUUACAGGUCUUGAUGGUGCGCUUUGCCUCCCUCUUUAACGUGAAGGAGCAGACGGUCACCUUCAUCUCUGGUGCCACCUACAGCCUGGAGAGCCUGAAGGGCAUGGGCAUGGGAGGCCUGCUAGACACCAUGUUUGAAUUCAGCGAGAAGCUCAACUCCCUGGAGCUCACGGCCGAGGAGCUGGGUCUCUUCACCGCUGUAGUGCUAGUGUCUGCAGGUAAGAACAAUGAGAAGCCUUAUUUAUUACUUUAACAACAUAUCUAAGCAGUCAGAGCUCAAGUACUGUACUUCUCCUGCCAGUAAAUCACCAUGACUAAUGUUCCCUCUAAGCUGUGUGCGGGAUUGCCGUGCAGAAUAAAUAUCAGCCCGCGCAGAGAAGCAUGAGAUUGAACUUCACUCAACUUUCUAGAGUUUUCCCCCUUAGUUGACACUAUCAAUGUUUCCCUUUACUGUGGGAAUUGUGAUCAAAUCAACGCAAUAUUAGCCACUUUCAAUGCAACAAAACAAACUAUGCAAGGGAUUUUGUUGUAGGCAGAAUGCAUCGGAGUAGGAUUCUAUUGCAUUGACACGCACGACUCAGCCCGUACACUACACAGACUGGUGCGGCAUAACCAAUCAGAGCUGCAGUAGGCCUAUAUGCAAAUAGGCUAUUACCAUAUAUGGAUCUGGGCCAUUCACUUUGAACUGGACUGUGUUUACAGCAUGAGCGGUCAUGAGUAGAUGCGCUUGUUUUGAGAUAAAAGCAAGCGCUGCAUGUAGCCAGGUGUUCAUAUCCUUUGCUAGUCAGUGAGUUAUUAGCCCAGUUGGGGCGGCAGGUAGCUUAGUGGUUAAGAGCGUUGUGCCAGUAACCAAAAGGUCGCUGGUUCUAAUCCCUGAGCCGACUAGGUGAAAAAUCUGUCGAUGUGCCCUUGAGCAAGGCACUUAACCCUAAUUGCUCCUGUAAGUCGCUCUGGAUAAGAGCGUCUGCUAAAUGACUAAAAUGUUAUAGAUCAUUUGUAGUCAGCAAUGGGGGAGUGAAUGCUUCCUACAAGAGCACAAAACGUGUACAUUUCUAGAGUUGGAUAAAGAGCUUUUUUUUGUCUUGUAUUUUGAGAGAGGCUUGAAUAAGCUAUGUUUCAAAAAGGCAGUGGCAUCAUUUGUCUGAUUCUCUGUAAUAAUGGUAUGGGAAUAAUAAUGCAUUUUAUUUUGUAAAGUAGUUUCAUCAAACAACACAACAACAUUUUCAGUCAAGCCCUGCAUGUUUUUUUUCAAAUGUCUCAUGGAAUGUAGGCCUACAUUGAACACCACACAUUACUUUAGGCUGAAUAAUAGAACAGCUAUUUCCAUGUUAAAAUGUUAUGGGAUGCAUUUUUUUCUCCAUUGUUUUUGAUGGUAGGCCUACAUUAUGAUCAAAUAGCCACAGUAGCCUACUUAACCACUGUCUGAAACUGUUACUUAAAGCGGGUACAGCCUCAGUGUUUUGUGCACUGGAAGUUGCACAGAAUUUUCACAAUGUUCAAGUUUGCGCUCAGCAGGCCUGAAAUUUGCUCAGUGCCGAAGAAAAUUAGAGGGAACAUUGACCACGACACUUAAAAAAAUCACUCACUAUUAUGGCAUAGUAAUGGUCUGUACUAACGUGUAAAGUAGUCUAACGGUGCUCUCUUUCUUAUCUGUCCUCUUUCAGAUCGUUCAGGCAUCGAGAACAUAAACUCAGUGGAGCUGCUUCAGGAGUCUCUGAUCAGAGUGCUGCGUGCCCUGGUCAGCAAGAGCAACCCCUGCGACGCCUCUCGCUUCACCAAGCUGCUACUCAAGAUGCCCGACCUGCGCACCCUCAACAAUAUGCACUCAGAGAAGCUGCUGUCUUUCCGCAUCGACGCAUAAGAAUGUCGCCACUGAUGACAAGAAAACCCGUCUGGAAUCGUCGCCUAUCUCCACCUCACAGACAGUGGUGGUUGGGCGGCUAAGGGGUGGGGCAAGUUGGGAGAGGUGACAGGGGAUCUUAUUCCACCUGCUCGCUUGCCCCCUUUCAGGGACACCCGCCCGCCUCCGAGUUGACUGAUGUGCACAUCAGCCAAUGACAUGGCCGAGAGACAGUGACUGACAACUGAGAGGGGUAGGGCCAAUAGACCCAUGGAGAGGAGGGAGACGAAGCCCUCUACAUAAAUGAUUUUAGGUGGUCGCAGCUCAAAACUGCCCAGAACAAGUGCCCCCUCUACACCAGCUGGUCUGAGGGGGCCAGAGACCACUUGUCGGUUGAGGUGAACCCAAAACCAGCAUGGGGCUUUACUACCCCACAUGUCCAGCUAGGCCUGGUUCCUUCCAAGAGGCUGCUAUAUGCAUAUUAAACCAUCUGCUCUCUGUUUUAUCACAACUGUAAAUAAUCAGUCAAAUGUAUGCAGUGUUGUACACUUGAUUCAUACUGAAAACUGAGUUUGUACAAAUUUGUAAAUAUAAACAUCAAUAGGCCUACUUCAAAUGUUUGGAAAAAUAUUUUUUUUUUUGUUAAGAUGAAAUGCUCAAAGGUGCAAAGUUAUAAAUGUGUGGGUACACAUGUAUACACUUUAUUUGAGUGUAUGGGUAUGAAAAACAAUAUCCUGUAGUUCAAAAAUGUUUUAUGUAAAGAAGGCAUUAUAAAAAAAAUACUU